AGCCAUAGCGCAGCGCUGGGGAGGGGGGGCGGCCGAAAAGGGGGUGGUGGUCGGGCCGCGCAGGCGGAGAUGGAAUGGGGCCCGGGCUCAGGCUGGUCACGGGGGGAGGCUGCCGGCGUGGACCGCGGGAAGGCGGGGCUGGGGCUCGGCGGGAGGCCUCCCCCGCCGCCGCCCCGGGAUGAGCGCGCCCAGCAGCUGCUGGACGCCGUGGAGCAGCGGCAGCGGCAGCUCCUGGAUACCAUUGCCGCCUGUGAGGAGAUGUUGCGGCAGCUGGGCCGCCGGCGGCCUGAGCCGGCUGGUGGCGGGAACGUCUCAGCUAAACCCGGAGCGCCCCCCCAGCCAGUUGCCGCUGCCAGAGGUGGCUUUCCAAAGGAUGCUGGCGAUGGAGCUGCGGAGCCUUGACCAUCCCCCUAGCUGGGCAUCCUAACUUCUCUCCCUCCCCAGGGCUGGUGGCUGGACUCUGAAUAACUCCCUUCAGGAAAAAGGGGCUAGUCUUCACUGGCAGUGGCGGUACUUGGCCGUUAGCCUGGGAUGGCAGCUCUGUUGGCAGUUGGGUUCACUCCCACUUCAUCCUGGCUGAAGGCAGUGCUGUGCUUUGAAAUGUAGCCCAUGAUUUCCCAGUCUGAUUACUCGGAUUUGGGCAGACCAGUAGUGCUGGCCAGAGUGGUCUGGUCUGGCCUGCUUUGGGGGUUCCAGGUGGUAUUACAUGUUCAUUUCAUGCUUUGGGAGCUCUAAGCCCCCUUAAACACCUUCAGCAGAGCCUUGAUUAAAAGGAAACCUGCAGACUCUCCUGGUGACGGGCCUUUCCUUUCUGUCCCCUCUCCAAGACUGAUGGCUGGGGAGGGGGGAUGGAAAAAGGUCAGCCAUGGGCAGGAAUGGGAAGUAAUGCCACAGAUACUACUAGAUUUAAAUAAGCAUUUAAUUAAGAUUUCAUUAGUAUUUAAUAUUGCUUUUUCAAUUCCAAAAAGUUAAAUUUUCACUUAGCAGAUAUUUUAAAGUACAAUAUUAAGUUUAUACAAAAUGAGCAAUUAAGCAAACACCAUUAUUUCACAUUCUUCAAAAAUACAAAUUUGUAUUUAUUCUUUUGGGUUUGGAGGUUUCUUCCUUUGGAAGUACUGAACAUGUAACGUUUUCAUAUCGCUCAGUGGAAGUUUAUUGUUCCCAUGUUUUACACUUAAAAUAAAUUUGAUGAGACUUUUACAUAAUCCAAAUAAAAUUAUUUGGGACUUAAAAAAUUGUCACUAAGACCACUGGCCAAUGAUUGGUGUGUGUCAAAAGAAAAAAAGGCAAUUUUCAGGGGCGCCUGCCUUGCCUGGCAGAUCUGACCCAGAGCCACAAAAACCUGUUUCCAGCCACCUUCCCCAAAUUGGGUCUAGGGGGGAAUUCACAGGAAAAGGGAAUAGCCACUUUGAAUUCUGACCUCCAACUCCACUUUCUUCUAAACACAAUGAAAGAUGUAGGUUGUUGGGAGGCCUGAGAACACAGAGGAAAGGGGCAAGAGAAGCCUCUGACUUGGCACCACUAUCAGGGCAAAGAUAUUGCAGAAAACACCCUGGGUUUUGGUGGGGAAAAGUUUUAUGAAAAAAACUCCCGUAAGAAAAAGUUGAAACUGCCUUGAGCGGAGAAAGGGACAUGCCAUUUAUCAUCCUUUUGGCGCAGUGGACAUACCAUCAAAAGGGCAAUGUAUGAUCUUAAACUUCACUUCCAGUAAAAGAAAAAAGCAA